AUGGUGGUGGUGGAUAAGCGUGGAUCACUGAUCGUGUCCACGGCGGGCCACUUCUUCGGCGUACCGCUCGAGGACGAAGAGAUCGUCGCUGAGGAUGAAUCGAUGCUCGACAAUUUCUUGGACCGUGCCACGUGCAGAACCUUGUGCGCACAGCCGGCUAACACCGAGAACAAUGCAGGACGAUUGAAAUUGAGCAACGAUCUACCUGUUGGGAGAAACACCUUGGUCUUCUUCAAGCUGGUCGAAUCUCCAGUCACAGAGAAGAAUUUUCACGAUCUCGUCCACGUGACGUCCACCGGUAGCGGUGAACGAUCGACGUUGAUCGAGGCUCUGCGUCAAGUAUGGGCGCCGACCCUACGAUCCUCCGGUCUGAAUACGACGUGUUUGAAAAAACUGGAGGAGAAUCUGCUCGGUUCAUCGACCACGACAUCCGUCCUCGAGGAGGAGGAUCAUUGGAGGAAGAAAUGGGAGGAGGCGAAACGUUCGCACGACAAAACGAUCUACGGCGAGGCUGUAAAAUCCUUGAAAAGCAUCAGGGCCGAGCUGGAGAGCGCGGCGGUGGCCAGGGAUGGUUUGGUUGGUGUGGAGGACGCUGUGGAGGCAGUUUCCGGUUACGUCGACGAUCUAUGGAAACUGGGUGAUCUAGUGUACUCUGAGGAUCGUAUGAAGUCGUUUUUGGACAUCAUCGGUGAUGAAGUAGUGUGCCUAGUCCGAAAUCUCAUAGACGAGGUUCGUUCUUCCGACGAUCGAGUGAAGGUGGAAGCGAUCUCGGCUGGCGCGAGUAUCUGCGAAAAAUGGACCAACAUGGCGGAGAGGUUCACCACGCUCUUCUGGCCCCAUCAUUCCCUUCAUCCGUGGAAGGGGUCGACUUAUGUACCCCAGAGAUGUUCCAGAAUCGGUAUACGACUCAGGCAGAUCGCAGAGCUACGUGCCCAGUAUCGGCAACUGACCAGACUGCUGACACCGAACGAGAGAUCGGGACUCGGCACGGACACAUUGAUGCAAUGCUUCGAUGAUCUUAGAGUCGUCUUCGACGACGACGAGAAGAGCACCGAUUGGAAUCGUCUCAGAAGAAAGAUCGAAGAAGGCUUGAUACCAGCCGAAGAACGGGUCGCUCAAAAAUUAAAGUCCCAAAUCGCCGACGCCACCACGGCCAAUUCCCUGCUCGCUGAAUUCCGACGUUACUUCGAGUUAAUGAAGAGAGACGGAUUGAAAAGGGCUCUUCGCGGAGAACGCGAAACGUUGCUUUCCGCCUAUAAAGACCUUAUUGACAAUUGCGUGGCCGGGCCAGAUACAGUGACGCUUUUGGACAUUCCGAGAAUACUUCAAGAGGUUCAAGCGGCCAGAUCGGCGGAGAUGAGGCUGGAAAGUUUAAAUAAAUUAGGAAAAGAGCUGCUGGCCGAUCUUCCCGGUUACGAGGAAAUCUCCUCGAAAGUGAUCGCCGCCCUGAAAGACGUCGAGAGGAAGCGACAGAGCUUCCUCGAAGCUUGGACAGAAGAAACGAAGAAUGCUGUCGCAAAGAAGGAACUCUCUUUAGGCACCGAUUCCGCUGUUGUGGAAUUAACAGGCACCAGCAUGAUGCGUGUUACAUACGAUCCAAGGCUAAUGACCCUGAUCAGAGAAGCCAGAGCGCUUUCUGGCCAAGGUGUCGAACUGCCGCGUGAAGUAAAGGAUCUAGUGGAAAGAGCUGGUAGCUUGGCAGGACGUGCCAGAGCGCUUCAGCAGGUCGCGACAUUUCACAACACUAUCGGCGAUCGCAUGGUACCAUCCCAGAGGCCACUGAUGCUCACCACAGCCCUAGAAUUGGCUCGAGCUGUUCAAGAACAGUCCGGUGUCGUUUGGUCCGAUCCUUUGGCCGUUGACGCUUAUACGGCCAGAUUGAAAGAAUUGGUGAGAAAAUUCGCGCAACAGAACUCGGAUCUGGCCGGGAAACACUGUUCGUUGCGGGACUUGGUGUCGAAUUUACUGAAAGGAGACACUCUGAAUUUAAUCGGGAAUCAGAAUGCUUGGAAGGACGCGUUGAUGAGCAUGAGGACGAUUGUCGAUAACGUGGAGGCCGAAUAUGGGAACACGAAGGCGUGGAAGCUUCAUUGGGACAGGCAGUUGCUAAAAGCAUUGGGUGUCGCUUAUAGAGGCACCCUACCGUCUCUGCUGAAGAAGCUGCCGGACAUUAAAGCGGAACUGACGUUCCGCGACGGAUCGUUGCAAUGGCGGCCCACCCUCGAAGAAAUCCGAGCGAAAUUAUACUCGGCGAUCCGUCGAUCGCUCUCGAUCCCAAUGAAUUUCCGUGGCGUCGGUGACGCGGCUGACGCCCACUUCGGCGAUUUGAUUCAAAGAAGCGGCUAUCUGUUCGGCGGCGUUUACAAACAGGCCGAGAUCGCUCUGGCCGCUCUGGAAACGCUCAGAAUGAAAUGGCUGUAUCUGGCGGCGCCAGCAAAAAUCGACGCUGCUGAACGGUUGAAAGGACGAUCGCCGCAGGAGUGGACAAGAGCAUUCAAAGACGCCAAGCAAUGGGCCCAAGAGGUUGGACGUUUACGAGGGAACGAGGUGAAAAUCUGGUGCAUCAGCGUGGACACGGCGACCACCAGGAACGAUCUAGAGUCGGCAUCGCGUCGUUACUGGGAACGUCUCUGCUCCGAUUUAAGGGUGGAGGCAUCGUCGAGGUUGGUCGCGAUCGUGGAGUUCCUUUCGUCCGCCUCGAAGGAACUGGAACGUAGGCCCCGAAACGUGGAAGAAGUUGGAUUGGCUAACGAGGCUCACGCGCGAAUCGAGGCGCAAUCGUCUGGCAUGGCAGCAGAAAUGGAAGCUGUCGCUGGAUUGUCGAAAGUCUUAGCUGCGUGGACCAGCGAGAAACUUGAAGGUGUCAGCGCAGCCUUUACCUCAUGGCAAGACCUGGCCGAACGUCUUGAACGUCACAAGGCGGUGGUCGCUCGAGAACUAGAGGACGCGAAAGUGAAUCUUCGUCACAGAGGCGUGGCGUUGCGAGAUGAGAUCGAGAGAUGGCAAACGAAAUGGUCCACCAAACCGGACAUCCUGACCCUGGACUGGAUCGUUUCGAUGAAGGAAAGGUGGACGAAUCUGAGGGAACAAUUGGACGUUCUGAAGAUCGACUGUCGACGGGUCGAUUUGACUAUCGACGAGAUCUCGGAGGACAACGAGGAGAACAUGAAGAAACUGGAGCUUCAGCUAGAAGUGGAAGAGUCUAAUUGUCGGUUCCAAGCGGAAUUUAUAGAGGAACUGAAGAACCAAGAGGACGAGGAGUGGAUGGUGGCGAGAAGAAGACUACCGAGGCUUCACGAUUGGCUGGAUUCAUGGGAGAACCGGAUACGGGUACAGUUGAAGGAUCAAGGGAAAGAUGAAUCGUCGGAUCAGAGGGACGGCCCGGAGAUGAAUACUUUUGUCGGGAAGAAAGUUCGUGAAAUUCGAGCCGCCAUCGAGUGGCUCCAGCUUCUACGGGGCGAUGAGGUAGCUGAGGAACAUUGGGCCGAACUGAGAUCCCUUUUAAACUUGGUCGAUGUCAGAAGCAUCAGGGAUAUCACUCUGGGUCACCUGUUACGAACCGUGGAUAAGAUCGAGGAAAACUCGGAGAAGAUAAAGGAUAUUACGAAAAGGGCGGCCGCCGAGAGUGGAAUACGCCAGGGUCUGAUGGAACUGGAGUCCUGGGAGGCAUCGGCCAAUUUUCACCUCCAGGAGUCGAAGGACAGCAGAAAUUCCAAUAUUCUUCUCGUAGAAGAUUAUAGCAGUUUAUUAACGCGAGCUGGUGAACUGAGAUUGUUGCUGGAGGGCGCGAAGGGUGCAGCGGGUUACGAAAGGUUCGCGGCGAGGGUUGCUCGAUGCGAGAGCGGACUGUCCGAAGUGGAGGAGAAGAUAAAGAUUCUGAGCACUAUUCAGAGGAAAUGGGUUUACUUGGAGCCUGUAUACGGGGGCGGAGCGGCGCCGAAUGAUACCGGCAGAUGGUCGAGGGCCAACAAAGAAUUCAGGUAUUUGAUGGGAGAAGUGUCUCGUGAUCCGAGGGUGUCAUCCUUGAGGAGACUUCCUCUGUCAGCCUUCACAAACUUGAAGGAUCUCUUGGACAGGUGUCAGAGAAGCCUCGACGAAUAUUUAGAGGAGAAACGAUCGUCGUACCCUCGCCUCUAUUUCCUAAGCGACGAGGAUCUCCUCGAAUUAGUGUCAGCGAACAGCCGGGGCUUGGAGGCUCAUCUACCGAAACUCUAUCAAGGCGUCGGAUCGAUAAUAAAGAACGAUAAUGGUCUGACGGCCGUUGUAUCGCCGGAAGGCGAGACGUUACAGUUAUCGAGGCCCGUCGACCUACGGGAGCCAUUACCGCGAUGGCUGAACGAUCUUGAGGAAGGAAUGAAGGCAGCCCUUGGGCAGAGCUUAGAGAAAUGCUUGGUCGACACAGCGCCAGAUCCGUCCGCUUAUCCGACUCAAAUUUUACUGCUGGCGGAAAGGAUUCGAUUCACCGAACGAUGCGAGACUGCAAUAAAGGAGGGUCGUUCAUCUUUAAAAAAUCUCGUUGAUUACCUGGAGACACAACGGGCUAGGUACAGGGGUCUCGAGGAUUCCGGCGACAAACUGACCGCUUUGAAGGCUCGAGGGUUACUUCUCGAUACCGUUCAUCAUCUCGAGAUAGCUAGGAAUCUUUUGAACGUCACCGUUCAGGGAGAAAGCACCGUUUGGACCUGGCGGAGACAGUUGAGGAGCUACAGAACUAACAAAGGACCGGUUUUCCGCUGCGCAGGCGCAGAAUUUCCGUAUCGGUUCGAGUAUCAAGGGGCGGCGGUGGGUCUGGUACAGACGCCAUUGACAGAGAGGUGCUUUCUGGCUUUCGCGCAGGCGAUGAAGCUCGGCCUAGGCGGCAGCCCGACCGGGCCGGCCGGGACCGGGAAAACCGAAAGCGUCAAAGCACUCGGCGCUAUUCUAGGCAGGCUCGUUUUAGUUUUCAAUUGCGACGAAGGAAUGGACGCCGGUAGCAUGAGACGAAUCCUAGGUGGUCUAGCCCAAGCCGGUGCAUGGGGUUGCUUCGACGAGUUCAAUCGUCUGGAGGAGGAGACGCUCAGCGCGGUCGCGAUGUUGGUUAGGCCACUUCAAGAGGCGGUUCGCGACGGUUCCACGACGGUCACGCUGGCCGAUCAGAAAGUCAACCUCGAUCCUCACUGUUGCGUGUUCAUCACGAUGAACCCGGCUGGGAUCGAGUACGGCGGACGACGAAAGCUACCGGACUCGUUGGCCCGACUCUUCAGACCGGUCGGAAUGGCUCAUCCCGAUCGAUCGGAUAUCGUAAAGGCGUUGCUGGAAUGCGCUGGAUUUUUAGACGCUUCGACCCUCGCGAAACAACUCGUCGAAACCCUCGACAUCGCGGAAAUACUGCUGUCGAAUCAACCCCAUUACGAUUGGGGCCUUAGGGCCCUUAGAUCGGUCCUGGACGCGAUUCCAAUGAAAACUGAAAUGGACGAAACUGGCAGAUUAGUAGCCGCGAUCAGGGCGUCGACAUUACCGAAACUAACGGAAGAGGACACACUGAAGUUUCUCUCGCUAUUGGAGGACGUUUUCCCUAACGUGAGCCCCUCGUCGUCCGGUUUCAUCGAACGGCGUGAUUUACAGGCCGUUCUGCUGCAGCUUUGCGCUGACCAAGAGCUGGCCAAUGAGAUUGCAAACAGAUGCGUUCAAUUGAACGACCAGCUGAAAAGCAGAACGGGCGUCGCGAUCGUCGGACCCCCGGGUAGCGGGAAAACGACAAUCAGGAAACUGCUGCGCGAUGCCCUGACGAAAAUUGGCGAGCCGGUCGUUGAGUUUCACGUUUAUCCCGGCGCGAUACCGAAGUCGAGGUUGCUGGGUCGUGUCGAUCCCCAGACCAGGGAAUGGAAAGAAGGCCUGUUAUCGAGCGUCGUCGCGUCAGCCGGUGAAUCAACGACCUGGAUCAUCCUUAAUGGCGACGUUGAACCUGAUUGGGCCGAAGCUCUGAACUCUGCCCUGGACGACAAUAGAUUACUGACUUUGCCUAACGGCGUGGGAGUGAAACUUAGCUCCGGAACGAAAUUCAUUUUCGAGACACACAAACUUGCCGGAGCGAGUCCAGCCACCGUUUCGCGAUUAGGCGUUGUUCACUUAGGUUCAACGGUUCCCACGAGUCUGUUGGUAUCCUCGAAACUAACGGAACUUCCGGAACCAGCGAAAGAGGUCGCGAGCUCACAUCUUUGCCCGUGCAUCGAGGAAUGCUUGAAGAUCAACGGGGAGGUCUCAUCCGCUUCCGGUUUAAUGGCGUCCGCGCUUUGCCAUCUAAAGAUCGCUCGAACUCACACUUCCGCUUCUUACGCUCUACUAGCUUCUCUGUGCAGUCAAAUUGGAGAGGAAAGAGCCAGAGACGAUUUGGCUCGCUCGAUUUAUCAAUUCACUGACUGUUGGUGUCCGAACCCACAGAAACCGUAUUCCGUGGUGUAUAAUGAGCAUACGGAUCGAUUGGAGGUAGUCGGCGAUAUAGAUCAAUCAGUGGACACAGAGGAUGGUCCUGUUUCAUUGUCAGGCGCCAUGAAGGGAGCUUUAUCAACCGUUUUGCCAUGGAUCCAGAACAACCAACCGAUAAUGAUAAGGGGUCCGGAGGGUUGCGGGAAGAGCACCCUAAUAUCCGUUAUUCUUUCCACAAUCAGAAGCAACGAGCACUCGACGCUGAUAAAGGGAUCGUCCCUUUACGGGGCUCAGGAUUUGGUGACGAAACUGAAGAGGGGCUGCGUGCAAUUGAACUCGUCCUCGCACGGUAGGACAUACAAGCCGAGAAGCGGUUCGAGGGUUGUACUGAUUCUCGAAGAUUUACACCUUGCUUCGAAGGAUUUACAGGAGUUGGUACGAGAGUUGUUGCAGGAUGGAGGAUUCCACGAAGAGGAUCUGGAGUUCGCCAGAGUUCCAUUGACCAUCGUAUGCACCGCUGAUGCAACGACCAGAUUGCAUCCAAGAUUGGAAGCAAUUUUAUCCACUCACUAUCUACCGUAUCCAAGCGAGAAGGACAUCGUCGCCGUUUUAGGAUUGCAUUUGAGAAGUUGCCUGAAAGGUGAUCGGAACUUGAUCGAAUCCUGGAUCGCGCAGAUGGUACCCGCCAUGCUGGAAGCAUUCGAAUUAAUGGAAACUUCCCGUGGUUUGCCUGUCAAGUGGUCUCCGAAGGAUUUGAUCCUGUGGGCUGAUAGUUUGACCUAUUAUCCCGUCCCGGAAAAUGAAGGAAAUAUCACUCGUUGCUUGUUGGAUGCUGGACGACGACUGUUUCAUCCUAGAUUGACGUCGAGGGAUCAGUCGCGGUGGGAAUCAACGAUCCUGUCGAAAGCAGGGGCCGCCACCGAAACGGAUGUUUGCGACGUGUAUAUAUGGAAACACGGAAAUACCGGGUUAUCGGGACUGGACGAGGAACAGUGGAGGAACGAGAUAAUUAACGCGGCUGCGAGAUGCGCCAGAGAAGGCGAUCCGGUGCAGGCGUCGAUAUCGUCUCACCUGUUGCGCACCAUGGCCGGAUUGUGCUGGGCUUUCGGGACUAGCUUAAGAGGCGUGAUUUUGAUCGGACGACCAGGAGCAGGAAGAAAAUCAGCCGCCAGGCUAGCUGCCACCUACUCGUCCCUUCGACUAGUAGACUCAGGACCUGGACGCGGUCGAGCAUCGACGAAAGCAGCGGUCCAGGCAGCUGGAAUCGACGGCGAGCCGACUCUCCUGCUGCUCGAGGAGCAUCACAUGAGAGAGAAUGGAUUGGCUGUUUUAGCGAGCGCAAUAGUGUCAAGGGGAGAACUACCAGGACUAUUUACUGCGGAGGAACUCGACGGGUUAAUAGCGCCUUUGGCUGACGUGGCGAGGAGGGAAGAUUUCUCGGGCACUCUGGAACAAUUCCUUUACCACCGGUUAAGGAACUACCUUCGAGUCGCCAUAAUUCUGGACAACGGGGAGAUAAAGUCCACCUGGCUGACACGUUCAGGACUCCUGAAACAUUGUGGAUUGAUCGGUCCAGGUAUUGGUAGCGAAUGGUGGUCUGUGGAGGGUUCGUUGACUGAAUUAGCCUAUCAACAAAAUGGCGUCGAAAUGGAGGACUCUGGGGAACAAUUGCCUGGUGUCAAGGUGAUGGUGAAGGCUCAUCUUCAAGCACCGAGGCAGCAACAAGCGCCAGCUCGAUUUUUCGCGUUGUUGUACACCUGGAGACAUCUUCACGUCACCUGGACCGAGGAUGUGGAGCAGAAGCUACGGAGCCUCGAGGCGGGGAUAGGAAGACUGGAGGAGGCCGGGGAACAGGUGGCUAAAUUGGAGGAUGAAGUUUCGAAGCAACGGCAGGAACUGGAGGCGGAGCAGGGACGAGCUAACGCGGCCCUCGAGCAAAUCACAGCGACCAUGAGAGGAGCGACGGGCCAAAGAGGAGAAAUGGCCAACCUAAAGGCCGAGACUGAACGGGAAAGCGCUGAGCUAGCUCGAAGAAAGGCUGACAUCGAGGGAGAGUUGGGAAAGGUGGAGCCGUUGGUCGAACAAGCGGCACAAGCGGUGGCUGGCAUUAGCGCUGACGCGUUGGCGGAAGUUCGUUCCCUGAGAGCACCUCCGGCGCCUGUUCGAGACGUUCUCGAGGGUGUCCUACGGCUGAUGGGCAUCAAGGACACUUCUUGGAACAGCAUGAAGACUUUUCUGGCGAAGCGUGGUAUCAAGGAUGAGAUUCGGAACUGGGACGCGAGGAGAAGUACAUCGGUGAGCCUGGAGGCGGUCGCCAAGCUGAUCAAGGAGCGACCGGAAAGUUUCGAGGAGAAAACCGCGAAGAGGGCCUCGGUUGCUGCUGCCCCAUUGGCCGCCUGGGUGCUGGCGAAUCUUCAGUAUGGUCAGAUACUUCAGCAGGUCGCACCUCUUGAGAAAGAGCAACGACUGCUGGCCGAGCGUUUGUCAGCGGCUGAGGCUCAGAUAGGAAAAUUAGCAGCCGGACUUAACACCGUGGAAAGUCGCGUGGCGCAGCUUCAAGAAGAACUAGCUGAGCGUUCGAGGGGCGCGGCUGCGUUGCAGUUAAGAGCCGAGGCGACAGAGGGUAGACUGUCAACCGCUAGGGCAUUGUUGCAGAAACUGGACACGGAGCAUCGGGAUUGGCAAGCUCAGUUGGAAGAAUUGACUGCUAGAAAACAGAAGCUGGAUGUCGAGGCAGCCAAUGUGGCGUCGUUGUUGGUGUACGAGAAUCCCGGAAUGGACGACAAAUGGAAGAAGUUGGCGAUCGAGCUGCUCAUCACCGAAAGAGAAAGAUUGCUUUGGCGUGCUCAGGGUCUUCCAGCGGACACAGGAAGUCUGGUGGACGCUUCGUGCGCCCUCAGAGGUCCUCUGGUCCCGAUAUUCGUGGAUCCAUCCGGUCUUGCUGUCGCGUGGCUGAAGAACAAUCUUGGCUCUCGUUUGGAGGUCACGAAGCCCGAGGACGCAAAAUUCCUGACCACGCUCGAGCUAUCCGUCCGUUUCGGGAAAUCUUUGCUGGUCGAGGAGCUGGUCGAAUUUCCAUCGAUCUUAUUGCCCCUCUUACGUCGACGUCCCCUGAGGCUGGGCGAACGAACUUUGCCACCGUCAGAGGGCUUCAAACUUUUCCUGGCCACCAGACGGGACCGUGUGGACGGUCUCCCGAAGGAGGUCGACGCGGUCCUCUUCAAGAUUGCCCUCGGGGCCGGCGCCAGAAGCUUGGCGGAGAGAUUCGUCGAGAGGGUUUUGUUAAGGGAGACGCCGGAGCUGGCGACACAAAGGAAGGAAGCACUCGAACGGGAAGAAAAAUUAUCCGGCGAACGGGACACCGCGAGAUUGGAUCUGUUGGCGCAGCUGGCCACGGCGAGAGGUCAAGACCUACUCCAGGAGUCUGAAGGAUCGCCGGGCGGACUCUUGUCGUCGUUGCAGGCAACUCAGUCGAAAGCCAAAGAAAUCGCGUUGGCGCUCGAGGAGAGUCGAAGAAGCUUGGAAAACGUGACCAGGAGAGCAAAGGAUCACGAGAAACUGGCGAAAUUCGCGGCUAAUCUGUACAAAACCGUGAAAGCCCUGACAGUUUUGAGCCCUCUUUAUGUUUUCUCCGCGGAAGCUUUCACGGAUAUUUACUUGGAGGCAGAGGAUUAUAGGAAUUCGAUACUGUCCAAAGAUAAGAAGGAACAGGAUAAACUAAUCGAGAAACGAUUGAUAAGUCUAGCCCUGUACUACUGCUCGAAAGCCGUCUACAGGAAACAUCGACUGCCACUGGCUUUGCAGCUUGCCCUGUCCUUACACUCGGUGCCAGACGUCGAGAAGAACUUCCUCUUGGGCGAAGUGGUAUUGGACGACGACAAUGAUUCUGAUUACAGAGUGCCCGAAUGGGUGCCCGAGGAACGGCGUCUCGCCGUUCGAGCUCUGGUCUCAUCUCUGCCUCAAAUAGCAGCGAGUAUAAAGCCAGCCUGGUUGAACGAUGUGAGUAACAUUUACGCGGAAACUGGCCUGACAAUGUUCCAAAGGAUUUUACUCGUGAAGACACUUCGUCCUGAUCAUCUGCAUACGGCUCUGUCGAAGUUAGCUGCGGAGGUGUUAGGCGUGAAAGAUUUAGCCCCAUCGCCUUGGUCUUUGAAUAAAGUGGCCGAAGUAGAAACAACGUAUCCGGUGCUGUUGCUUCUGUCGCCAGGAGCAGAUCCCGGCUCGGAACUUCAGUCUUUGGCCAAUAAUCAGGUUGCGUCUGCGACGGGUUUCAUGGAAGUGUCUUUGGGCCAAGGUCAGGUGGCUCAGGCUGAGCUUGCGCUAGAAACUGCUUGUCGGAACGGCAGCUGGAUCCUCCUCAGUAACCUGCAUCUCGCUCUGAACUGGCAGCCCCGACUGGAGAGCCUUCUGAGAUCUCCCGCGUGUACCACGAGCAAGAACCCAGCGACAAGAAUCUGGCUAACCACCGAGGAAUGUGCAGGCUUCUAUCCGAGUCUAGCUGGUCUCUGCCUGAAGCUAGCUUACGAGCCGCCUGAGGGCUUAAAAAGGAAUGUGAAGAGGUCGCUUCAGCAGCUUCAACAGAAGCAGCAGGAGAAUGUGAACGUUCCUGGCACACUUCUGUUGUCUUGGCUACACGCCACGCUUCAGGAACGACGUAAGUUCGUCCCUGAGGGCUGGAUAAGGGCGUACGAAUGGAACGAGGCGGAUCUCGAGGCGGCGCACGAGUUGGUCGUGAAGGAAAUGCCCACGAAAAGGGACAAGGAUCAAGAUGGCACCUGGCAGACCGGCAGAGGAUUGCUGGACGUCGCCAUUUACGGCGGUCGAAUCCAGGACGACUAUGACACGCGAGCGUUGUGCUCGAUCGUUCGUGAUAUUUGGUCCGUCGAUGUGUACGAGGGACGGAAGAGGUUGGCCGGUGUGCUCAGGGUGGCCGGAAGCUCGAUCGAGGAUGCGGUUAGAGCCGUGGAACUGGUUCCUGAUAACGACUCGCCCAGAGAAUGCUUUGGACUGCCGGCCAAUGCGCAUAGAGCGUGGGAGAGAGGGGCUGCUGAAGCGGCGCUGGCCUAUCUGAAAGGCGUUCUCAUCAAAGUGUCAAGCAACGACGGCAAGAACGGAAGUAAGAAAACGGAAUCGAAAGUGUACAGGGACCUGAAGGAACUGAUCGAACGUCACAGUUCUAUCUUCGCGUUGCCAGCUAUGGGAAGCGGAGGCAUUAAGAAUCCAUUGGAGAGGUUCUUCGUCGACGAACUGAAUUUAACCAAGAAGACCCUGAAUCUUAUUCAAGCGGACGUUGAUAGUCUACGGUUUGAGGACUCGAAGACUCCGAAACGCUGGACGAACGAAUGGAAAUACGGACCGAAGGAAGUCCUGCCCUUCGUAAAGGGAUUGCUUUCGAGAUACCAAAUUCUAGAGACGAUGUUGUCGAUUUCCUCGUCCGUUAUUGACAUGUCGCGAUUGGCCAGGCCACGGGCGUUCCUGACUGUACUGAAACAACACACUGCACGUGAAACACGCCAGCCAUUGGAAAACCUUCGACUUCGAGUGAACUGGACGGAAAACCGGAGGAACAACGACUGGAAGAUAUUCUUGGUCAUCGAAGGCCUUCUGAUAUCAGGAGCCCUAAUAGAAGACGGCAACUUGAAGGAUCUAGAUGCGAAUGCAGCGUCGGUCGCAGCUGCGCCGAGUUGCCAAAUCGCUUUCCUGCCUGAAACAUACACGGAAGAAAGUGCAGCCGCUAAUGUAAUGGGUGAUUAUGUGCGAAACAGCGAAGAUGAUAUCCUUAGCAUUCCGGUUUACGCGAAUUCUCAACGGGACAUGCUGAUUUGUUCGCUUCCGAUCCGAUGUCGGAAGGAGGAUCAAGACGAUUGGCUACGACGAGGCGUUGCUUUUUACCUGAAACCAACUUAA